AUGGUUAUCGACCUAUUGGGACCUUCUUUAGAAGAUUUAUUCAACUAUUGUCAUAGAAAGUUCUCUUUCAAAACUGUUAUUAUGUUGGCUUUGCAAAUGAUCUGUAGAAUUCAAUACAUUCAUGGCAGGUCUUUUAUUCAUAGAGAUAUCAAACCAGAUAAUUUCUUAAUGGGUGUCGGUCGUAGAGGCUCCACUGUUCAUGUCAUCGAUUUCGGUUUAUCCAAAAAAUAUAGAGAUUUUAACACUCAUCGUCAUAUCCCUUAUAGAGAAAAUAAAUCAUUAACAGGUACUGCUCGUUAUGCUAGUGUUAAUACUCAUUUAGGGAUAGAACAAAGUAGAAGAGAUGACUUGGAAUCAUUGGGUUACGUCCUGAUUUAUUUCUGUAAAGGUUCUUUGCCUUGGCAAGGUCUAAAGGCAACCACUAAAAAACAGAAAUAUGAUAGAAUCUUAGAAAAAAAAUUGUCGAUUUCCAUAGAAACUUUAUGUGGAGGUUUGCCCCAAGAGUUUGCAGAAUACAUUUCAUAUUGUAAAAAUUUGAAAUUCGAUGAAAGACCAGAUUAUUUAUACUUGGCCAGGUUGUUUAAAGAUUUAUCCAUUAAACUAGAUUAUCAUAAUGACCACCUCUUUGACUGGACAAUGCUACGUUAUACAAAGGCCAUGGUCGAACGUCAAACUACUUCUACCACCACUACUACUAAUAACACUAAUAAUAACACAAAUAAUAAUACAAUUAAUAAUAAUGCAAUUAAUAAUACUAAUAAUAACAUAAAUAACAACGGUUCAGGCAAUUCAGCUGCGACUGGUUCCGCAGCAAACAUUACAGGAGCAGCAUCUGCAUCAACUACAGCCGCUGGAGGUGGUGCAGAAUCUAAAGAAGACAAGAAUAAUUCUUUCAACAAGAUCAAACUACUGGCAAUGAAGAAUUUUUCAAAUCAUUUCCAUUAUUAUUUAACACAAGAUGACAAUCACUAUCCUAGCCCAGAAGAAAUCAAGAAACAAACGACUAUAAACAAUAAUACCGUUGUCGAAGAUUCAAAUCUAUUAAAGGCCAUUGGCAAAGGAAUGGAAAAACUAAAACAGAAAACCAUUGCUGAUUCUCAAUCAAAUGUCGUUCAACCAAUACUACAAACUACUCAAUCGGAUAACGAUAACAACAACAACACACCUCAAAACAACUUCAAUCAUAGUUCAAACAAUAACAUUAAUAAUUCCUAUAUCAUUCCUCAUCAUAACGAUAAUAACAGUAAUGACCAACAACAGCAACAGCAACAACAGCAACAGCAGCAACAACAACAACCAAACGGUCAAGACAUAUGGUUAUAG